UCAUCAUGUGAAAUGUUUUGAAGCAGCAGACGAGUCGUGUCCUACAUCUGUCACCGUCCAAUCAAUACAGUCCACGGAAGAAGACGAAGGAGUCAAUCCUCUGUACAGACGGCUGAUGCUGCGUCCUGAUUGGCUGAUCCUGUGGACCCCGCCUUCCCCGUCCCUCCCCUCCUGUGUGAUGAAGAUAAAUAUGACCGCUCACACCUCCGUCUGUGAGUCUGCAGUCUGCUGGAGGUCAGGUUUCCCACGUUUUCACAGCACCUUAAAGUAACAUUGAAAACUGUGUUUUACGGAGACUCUGAACGCAUCGCUGAGCACUGUUGAACCAGGUUCUGGAGGUCGAAGCUGGUCCUGGAUCAGGUUCAGUUCAGGUUCAGGAUGGACUUCGGUCUGACCCACGACCUCGUCGCUCCACAGCGCCUCUUGGACUCCUCGUCUUCCUCCUCCCAGGCUCAUAAAGUUCAGUCUUCGGCCUCCUUCCUCCUCUCCAGACCGGCCUCCUCUUCCUCCCCCUCCUCCUCCUCCUCCUCCUCCUCCUCCUCUUUCAGCCUCCUCUGUGGAGCGCUGGACUCCCCGACAGGAUCUAGUUCCAGUGGAGGAAGUGUUGGAGGCGGCGCCGUGAUGUCGCAGACGGGAUCGUUCUCAGCACAGGUGGACUCCAUCCUUCGUGGCAACUACCUGACGCCGCUCGGCGCCGGCGGCCCGAAGAGGCUCUGCUUAGUGUGCGGAGACUUUGCGUCCGGGUAUCACUACGGCGUGGCGUCCUGCGAGGCCUGCAAGGCGUUCUUCAAGAGGACCAUACAAGGCAACAUCGAGUACAGCUGCCCGGUGAUGAACGAGUGUGAGAUCACCAAGCGGAGGAGGAAAGCCUGCCAGGCCUGCCGCUUCCACAAGUGUCUGCAGGCCGGCAUGAUGAGGGAGGGUGUUCGAAUGGACCGGGUGCGAGGAGGCCGGCAGAAGUACAAGAGGCGAGUGGAGACGAGUUCCCACGCGAGGAGCCCGUUCCCUGCGCACGCCGUCAGUGAGUCCACGCGUCCUCGAGGCUUCCACGCCAAGCUUCCUGUAUUCGUUUGUUUAAUCACUUCCUGUCUUUCAGGAAACAAGCUGAUCUCUCAUUUGCUGCUGACUGAGUCCGCCCCAUUGGCUGCCAAUCAGGACGAUUCAACCAAUGACGGCAGCCUGCGGACGCUGCUGACCCUCUGCGACCUCCUGAACCGGGAGCUGCUGGUUCUGAUUGGCUGGGCCAAGCAGAUCCCAGGGUUCUCUGGGCUGUCAUUGGUUGACCAGAUGUCGUUGCUGCAGAGCGGUUGGAUGGAGGCGCUGCUGGUGGGCGUGGCCUGGCGGACACAGGGCGCGUCAGGGGAGGAGCUAGUGUUUGCCGGAAACCUGCGACUGGACAAGGCUCAGUGUCGAGCCGCCGGAUUGGCCGACCUGUACGAGGCGCUGCGUCACCUGACGGCCAAAUAUCAGGCCAUGAACCUGAGCGCCGAGGAGGCGGCGGUGCUGAAGGCCGUGGCACUCGCCAACUCCGAUGCCAGCCUGGUGGACUGUCCGGACUCGGUGCAGAGGUUCCAGGACGGACUCCACGAGGCCCUGCAGGACUACGAGUCGUCCCGCAGGGAGCAGCACCGGGCGGGCCGGCUGCUGAUGAGCCUUCCGCUACUGCGGCAGACGGCCGACCGAGCCGUGGAGGCCUUCCUGCGGCUGCACCGCCACCGCCGCGUCCCCCUCCACAAACUGCUGCUGGAGAUGCUUGACGCCAAGGCCUGAACCCUGAAGGUCACUGCUGCCGCGAUCGGUGUCAUGGACAGGACAGACGGACUGUGGCUGCACUGGAGGACGGAGCUGCUAGCCUUAGUUUUUCAACAGCUGGUUAAACCAGACGCUCCUGCAACGUUUGCGCUCAAACCAGUUGAGAUAUAUCGUCUCUCCAGCAUGUUCUGAGUCUACCGAACCAGAAGGAUGAGCCUUGAAACUGUGGUGUCCACGAGGAGGUCAUGAGGUCCAUGACGCUGAACCCAGACACUACCCAAAGGUCAGACUUGUGAACCCGGAGCUUGGUCUUCCAGUUCAGCUCCCUAUGACCCAAAACGGUCCAGUACAACGCCCACGUUACUGCUGACUCUGAACCAAUUCACGGGUCGAUCUCAGGCUCCAUUUUACCGCCACUGGUGAACCAGAAUACUUGAACUUCUUUGCUACUUAGUCCCGACCCGGAGGAAACGAGCCGCCAUGGCUCGACUGAAGGUCACCACAUCGUCUGCAUAGAGGCCGAGUCCUCCGACAGCUGCUGACUGAAGUCCUUUACUUCUGUAGGCGGUCAGCUGAUGUGAGCAGCUUAGUGUGGAUGUUUAAUCUAGACACAGGUGCUAGGCCCUGAUUGGACAAUCACUGUUUGUGGGGGGCGGGGUUUAGACAUCGUCUGAGUUUGACAAAUUUUGAUAAAAAUUUAGAUUUUUAAUUUAUUUUUGUAAACAAAGAUAUUUUUGUGUUUUUUUUUUUGUGGUUGACGACGAGCUGGUUA